AGUGGAAGGACAGCGAGGGAGGCGCUGCGCGGUCUGUAUCUCUCUCUCUCUCUCUACCUUCAGAAGGAGAAGGACUUUGCAGCCAGGGCCAGGCAACGAGAGAGAGGAAGAGAGAGACUGGGAAAGGAGCAGCUGCAGCCACGUCCAGAUGUAGCGGGGCGUUGAGAAGUAAGGCAGGAGAAAGAAGACACUUCCUGUUGAUAGUUGAAGCAUGAAGUCACCUCCUUGUUGCAUGUCCCUUUCUUCUGGAGCAUCUGUGGAAGAGCUAGAUGACAGCACAUCCUUGGGGUCCUUUGAGUCCAGUGUCUUCUGUAGUGAGGAGGAGCCUGCAUCCUUACUGCCAAAAGUAGCCCCCUCGCUGGUAGCUCCAUCGCUGGACUGCAUCACUGUUAAUGUUGGAGGGGCCCGCUUUGUACUGUCCCAGAAGAAGCUGUGCUGCUACCCAGAUACCCGCCUGGGCAAGUUGGCCGUGGUGGUUUCGGCGACCCGGGAUGUUGCCUCAAGCCUUUUGGACCUUUGCGAUGAUGCCAACUUAGUGGAGAAUGAAUAUUUCUUUGACCGGAGCUCUCAAGCUUUUAGCUACAUCCAUAAUUAUUACCAGACUGGACGGCUACAUGUAAUGGAUCAGCUUUGUGCACUUUCCUUCCUGCAGGAGAUACAAUAUUGGGGACUGGAUGAGCUCAGCAUUGACUCUUGCUGCAGAGACAGAUACUUCAGGCGGAAGGAACUGAGUGAAUCCUUAGAUAUCAAGAAUGAUACUGAAGAACUGGAUGUUCAUAAUGAGGAAGAGGACUUCUCUGGGAGUCUUUGCCCUCGUUUUAGGCACAAGCUUUGGGAAAUAUUGGAAAAACCUGGGUCUUCUAUAGCUGCAAGGACUUUUGGCACCAUCUCCAUGGCUUUUGUCAUCAUCUCUAUAGCCAACAUGGCCCUGAUCUCGGUGGAACUGAGCUGGCUGCCCCAACAUUCCCUAGAAAUCCUGGAACACAUAUGUAUUGCCUGGUUCACAGGAGAGUUUAUCCUUCGCUUCCUCUGUGCAUGGAAUAGAUGCCGCUUCAUAAGAAGAGUAGCAAACAUCAUAGACCUCCUGGCCAUUUUGCCCUUCUAUAUCACACUGAUAGUGGAGAGCUUGCGGGGCAGACAUAGCUCUCAGGAGCUGGAAAACAUGGGCCGGAUUGUUCAGGUGCUGAGGCUGCUGAGAGGCCUGCGCAUGUUGAAGCUGGGCAGGCAUUCAACAGGUCUUCGGUCCCUUGCAAUGACAAUUGCACAGUGCUAUGAAGAAGUCGGGAUGCUUCUUCUGUUCCUUUCUGUUGGCAUCUCCAUUUUUUCGACAGUGGAGUAUUUUGCUGAACAAGGCAUCCCUGGUACAACCUUCACAAGUGUGCCCUGUGCUUGGUGGUGGGCUACAACCUCCAUGACCACAGUUGGCUAUGGAGACAUUAGACCAGACACAACAGCUGGCAAAAUAAUUGCCUUUAUGUGUAUCUUAUCAGGAAUACUGGUUCUGGCUUUGCCAAUAGCCAUCAUCAAUGACCGCUUUUCAGCUUGUUACUUUACAUUGAAGAUCAAGGAAGCAGCUAUUCAGCAGCGAGAAGCCUUGAAGAAACUAACAAAGAAUAUGUCUAGUGACUCCAAUAUCAGUAUAAAUUUACGAGAUGUAUACGCUCGAAGUGUCAUGGAUGUGUUGAGGCUAAAAGGCCGAGAGAGAACAAGUACUAGAAGCAGUGGUGGGGAUGAAUAUUGGUUUUGAUUUUAAAAUGUUUCAUUGAUGUCCAUAACUGUCUAAUAGCAUUGAGAACACAGUUGAAUGGAAAGCAAACAAUCUUGUAUUAUGCUUUCCUAAUAAAUUUGCUGAUCUAAGUUGCUGAGUAUAAAACAAUUAGCAUAGGCCAAAGGCAUAUUGAAAGCAAAAACUCAGGGCAACUUUGACUCCAAAUUGGUUAUUUUUUCUUGGCAGAGCUAGGUAGAACAGAACUUCAGACAUUUGGCUAUAAUUCUUUUCAAGCUCAUUCCAAUAUGCAAAAAAUAAAGUCUUAGCAAAAUGA